AGCCUGGAGAAUGCCCGUGGGCCUUACAGCGUUCCCUGGACUCCAACUCCCGUUAUCCCUCGUUGCUGCCGGGGCUGGCUGGGGCCCUGAUGGUCCCGCCGUACCCCCCCCCGAGUGCCGCUCUAGCCAACGCACUCAGAUUCCUCGCGUGGGGGGCGCAAGUAUUGGCCGCGCAAAUGGGUUUCCAUGGCAACCAGAAAGCCGGAACCGGAAGUUCCCCGGGUACUUCCGGGGGAGAGAAGGGAAAGAGCCCUGCCUCCGUGUGGUGCGCAAAGGAAUGGCGGAUUCUGGCGAGGCCCAGCGUCCCCAUCAGGCGGACGCGGCUCGGCGCCGGCGUAAGCGCCGCCGCCCUGCCCGGGAGUCCCCCUGUCCAUGGGACGGGGAAGAGGGCUGGGACGGCCGUUGGGGGCCUGAGGGAGAGGAGCCCGGAUGGGGCGGCGGGCCCCCACCGGAUUUUGCCCCCCCACCUCAUCCAGGAUGGGAUGGCCCUCAGUGGGGGGGGCGAGGAGGGCCUGCGGAGCCCCCCAGGGGAGGCUCCUGGGACAGGGUGUGGGAAGGCCCCCGCACGGAGGGGCUGUUUGGGGAAGGCCCCCGAGAGACGUGGGACGCCCCAGCCAGAGAGGGCAGGGCCCCCAGGGAGCAGGUGCGUGGGGGGGAGCCCCGCCACUUGAUGCCCUCCGGCCCCCAGAGCCAGUGGGGGAGUGGCCCCCCGAGCGAGGCCGCGCAGGAGCAGCGCCCUUGCGGCAGGAGAAGCAGGUGGGACGGCCGAGAGAGACAGGCGAGGCAGGAGCCCCCCCAGCCCGUGAGGGAGGAGCCCCUGGGCAAGGCCAGGUGGAAGACCCGCUGGGACAGCCCCAGGCGGAAAGAGGGGGAGAUGCAGCUGCAGCAGCUCCUGCUGCUAGCCCCGCCUCCCGCUAGAGGGCACCUGGGCCAGGACAGCCCAGAACGGGUGAGGAGGCAGCAGCAGCAACUGGGGGGUUCCAACGGGCAUCACGGCGGCUGGGCUGAGCUGGAGAGGGAGACGAGGCAUGAGGGCUCCACGGGAAGGAGGCGCCCCCGAAGGGAGCAGCUGCAAGCCAGCCCUGUUGAGGCUGGGGGCCAGUGGCGUGGGCCUGAGAGGGGGGAAAGGGAGCCCCAUAGCCCAGCCAGAGGGGAAAGGGGUUGGGGCAACCACAGCAGGGGGAGGAAGCAGGAGGGCCCCCACAGAGUUGAGAGGAACUGGGGGAGCCCCGAUCAUCAGGAGGAUUUGGGGACUUUCAGCGGCCAAAACCCGCCAAGUUGGAAACAGGGCAGCGUGGAGUGUGGCGGAGGCAGGUGGGAGAGUCCCGAGUGCAGCAGGCAGGAGCAUUCCCCCCUGGCCAGAGGCAGGAGCCCCAACAGGUCAGAUGCACAGCAGACCCCUAGCAGACACUGGGGCAGCCCCACCGGUUUCAAGAGAAGAUGGAGUUCCGCUGGAGCAGACGUGGGGACCCUCGAAUGGGAAGGCAACCAUGAGGAGAACGCAGACGGAGGUGGCUGUAGUCCUGCCCAGAACAGCUCCUCGGCACAAGUGACAUCCAGCACAGUGGCGACCCCGUUGCUCACCUCAAAAAUGUGGGCCCCCCGUGAGCAGGUGGUGGAAUAUUGGAUGAAGUGCCGGAGCGCCUUGUCGAGGAAGAUGAAGGACAGGCUGUUGUCCGUCUGCCCCCGCCCCACCCUGCCCCACAGGAUGUCUGAGACCCCUCGCCUCAACCCAGAGAUCGCCAGCCUGCUGAACAAAAACAAGGAGAGGCUUCUGGCAGCGGCCAUCCACGACAUGAACAUUCUCCAGAACGAGGUCUUGGACAUGCUAGCCCCGGCAAUGACCAUCUAUGAGAUGGCUGAGGAAGCUCUGGAGAAACAGGAGGGGGUGGACCCCAUGGAGCUGCGGGAGUGGGCCAGGCGCCUCAUCCGCUACAUUGGCAGUAUGAACUACCGGCUCACCAUGCAGCGCCGCUUGCAGGUCCUUGGCGCCAUCAACCCUCGGCUGCGGUCCGUCUCGUCCAAAAUGAUCAGCCAGAGCACUGACGGGAUGCUCUUUGCUGAAGACAAAGUCAAGCUCUUGAGGGAGAUCAUCAUGAGGUUCCCACAGUUGACACAGCCUGCAAAGAACCUGAUCCACAAGAGAUACAACCAGUUCUCCAGAGGGGCCUUAAAUGCAGCUGGCUUUGCGCAUCUCAGACCUUUGCCCUGGAGGCCUGGUUCACGCCGCCAGCCUGGCAAUGCUCAGCCCCAAAGUACAGCUGCGCAGUGGGCCAAACAGGGCCAGCAGUGAGGAGUUGGAGGCCGCCUCCGGCAGAGCGGUGCCCCGAGACUUCAGGAGGCACCUGCUCCGCUCCAUCGCGCCACUCGGCACCUGCCAUCCCAGAGCAUUUGGUUCCUGCAGCAGAAGCGCCUCCACCAGCUCUUUGAGCCCCUCAUCCUCCUGGGAUCUGGAAGGGGCACAGAGGCGAAGAUGGACUCGGGCUGGCUGGACUCUUCCCCCCCCCCUUGUGUCCAUAGCAGGGGAAGUGGGCUUGGACCAUCCUAGCCCAGCCUUGAGGCGUCCUGGCGCUGUGGGGCUUCCACAGGCCACCGUUCGUGGCCCCCCAAGGCCCCAGGGCUUUUGGAGAGGGGGGGGUCUUCUCUCCCAUCGCAAGAUGAGUUUGCCCCCCCCCAUGUUAAGCAGUUCUGUUUGAUCAGGCUUCAGGGGCCAUUUGAUACCCUUCUCAGUACCAGGGAAUGUGACUGCUUCCCUACUGGCACACCUUUUACUCCUGGGGUUUCCUUAUGAGCCGAGCACCUACGUUUCGCUUUAGUUUUACGCUUGCAGCUUCCUGAGAGAGAGGCAGAGGCAUCUUGUGGGCAGUUCCGGCUGGCUUGACUUUUCUCCCUCCCCCAGCGUCACCCCUGGUGGCAGGAACAGACCAUCCAGGGGAUCUUUGAUUGGCAGUGAGCCGUGCUGGGUCUUUGGUAAAUAGGGAGUCAGACCGCCUCUCUCUCAAUUCUCUCUCUCCCCCCAGUUGCUUUGCAGUUGCAGCCACGUGUUCCGGUGUUGGUGGGAAGAUCUCCAGUUUAAGAUGACCAGUUAAAUUCUGGUCCUUUUGGACAUUUGGUGACUCAAAGGGGAAUUCCUGUAAUGGGGGGGGCAGCAUCUUCAGAAUUGGUGUGUGACUAAACCAGCAAGCGUGUUCCUCUGUUAAAGUCCUGCUGCUGAAUAAAUGUUGUUUUGAUUUCACAA